GUUAUUAUUUCUAAAUUUUAUUGGACAACCUCCACUAUGUCCCCAACAAAUUGUAUUUUCUGUGAUAUUUCAAGUGGCAAAAGUGACACGAUUCUGGAAGUGGAGACAGAUGAAUUUGUAAUAUUUAAAGACAUACGGCCGGCAUCCAAACAUCAUUAUUUAAUUGUGACAAAAGACCAUUAUGAUAGUCUAAAAGUUCUCGGCAAAUCCCACGAAAAAAUGAUUCUACGAAUGGAGGAUACGCUCAAAGAUUUCUUUAAAUCGAAAGGCAUUUGCACAAGGGAUGCACUUUUUGGAUUCCAUAUGCCGCCCUUCAUCUCAGUGAAACAUCUACACUUGCAUGGAAUUUCGCCUCGCUCAGAGAUGGGAUUCAUAUCCCGCUUGAUUUUCCAGCCAUCUGCACCGUGGUUCAAAUGUGCCAAGGAGGCGCAGGCUUAUUUGAAUGCGAAGUAACUGAUCAUAAAGAUUUUCCAAUUGAGAAUUUCUUUGCCAAAAACCUUAUUGUGUAUCAAUAAAAAUACAAAUAAAACUUUGUAUGAUAAAUAA